AUGGCGAUGCUACCCCAGGGCAUCUACGCCCGCAAGUUAUUCGACAUAACUUGGGCAGAUGUGUUCCGCGGGGUCUAUUACUCCCUGGCGUCAGGGUUCUCCAGCGCCCAUGACCAGGAGGAGGCCAUCGAGAACCUCGAGGAGCUAUGGGCCCCAACACAGACUCUCGUGACCAUGAGUGUGCGAUCGGCUUUUGAUUUAUUUCUACAAGCAUGCGAAUUCCCGCCGGGCAGCGAGAUUCUCAUCUCAGCCGUGACCAUCCCCCACAUGGUUUCCAUCAUCCGUCUUCACGGCCUAGUCCCAGUACCGAUCGACCUCCAGCCAGAUGCGACCGUAUCAGUCGAGGACGUGCUGCCGUUAAUACGGCCCCAAACUACAGCCAUUCUCAUUGCCCAUCUUUUCGGGCAGCGCCAAUCCUUAGCUGCUCUGGGUGAGCUCGCACAGCAUCACAAUCUGAUGCUCAUAGAAGACUGUGCUCAAGCGUUCUGCGGGCUGGAUUUCAAGGGUAGUCCCGAGGCUUCCGUCUCCAUGUUCAGUUUCGGACCAAUCAAGACAAACACUUCCCUCGCAGGUGGUAUUGCGACUGUGCGAGUCCCACAGCUCCUCGAUGCCAUGAGAGGGAUACAGUCUGGCUAUGCCAACUAUCGAGAUACCGACUAUCUCAAGAGGAUACUCAAAUAUGCCGCAUUCAAGGCGGUCGUCUCAAGCCCUCUCUGCUACGGUGGGUUGAUAUCCAUUCUACAACGAAGAGGCAUAAACCACCAUCAAUUCAUCACCAGAGCAAGUCACAGCCUAGCCAGCGGUGAUUUCCUGCAGCAAAUCCGCCUCAGCCCAUCGCCGGGCCUUGUCCGACUACUGAAUCACCGAAUUUCACACUUCGACGCCUCAGCGCUUGAGCGACGUGCUUCGCGGAUUGCAGACAUCGCUGAUAUGCUACCCCCCUCCAUGCAGCCCAUCGGCUACAAUGCUUCUUUGAGGGGUAAGCGUUCGAAUCACCACUACUGGCUCUGCCCUAUACGUGUGCAGAAUCCGGAUGUUGUUUUAGGUGAUCUAUUAUGUGCUGGAUUUGAUGCUGCAGCUGGCAAUGCAACCCUCAUCGUUGUUCCGGGACAAGAACAUCCCAGUGCGAAGGGUGAUAGUGACGAAGGCAGCGUCUCAGAGGCCUCAAAAGCGAAAAGUAUGAUGGAAGAUGUGAUUUACUUGCCCAUCGACAACCAUUUCGAUCAACUCGCCACUAAGAGACUGAUCAACACACUCGCCAAUGUAGAAAGUCGGGUUGAGAAAGCUUGA